AUGCAGCGACGCGAUAAUCAGAGCUUCAAUCAAGGCGACAACGACUAUAUAUUGCAGCAAAGCGAUGACAAAAGCACACACCAAAGCGCCGACGAUGUACCACUUAUGCGGCGGGACGAAGUUGAAGAUAAGGAAGAAAGCAAUGAGGAUGGCAUACGACAGGACGAAGCUGAAGAUGAGAAGGAAUACAGUGAGGAGUGUAACGAGGAAGCCCUACAUGCCUACACAGCUUUCCUAGAGCGACAAGUAAACGAGCUGCAGACGGAAGCUCGUGGAUCUCACGUGGCGAGCAUGUGGCUUGACAUGCACCAAUAUACUCUACUGGCACUACCACUAACUCGCUAUCAGUCUGUGUAG